AUGGGUCGGACAUUGACAUAUCCAAAGGGCGUCUCUAACACGGUGAAUCGGUACAAGCAUCGCGCAACGUACGAUUUGGGCGCGAUCCACUCCAUAAUCAAUACAUCCCAGGUGCUUUAUGUCUCCUUCAACCCGGAUCCAGAGGACCCAUUUCCCACUAUCCUCCCUAUGAUCGGGCAGAUGGGAUCAUUUGACUAUCCAUCGGCAACAAUUAAUGAACCACUUGAAUGCUAUCUUCACGGCUAUGUGAGUUCGCGCAUCAUGAAUCUGGCCCGCAACUCCGAUUCCAAAGAACACGGUCUUCCAAUCUGCAUCGCCACGAGCCGAGUCGAUGGAAUAGUACUCUCUCUCACCCCUAAUUCUCAUAACUACAACUACCGUUCCGCAACAUUACAUGGAUAUGCGAGCCUGGUUACAUCCGAAAAGGAGAAACUUUGGGCUAUGAAGCUUAUCACCAACUCUGUUGUUACGGAUCGCUGGGAUAACGCACGAAUACCUCCCGAUCGGGCAGAAAUGUCAUCUACUGUCAUUCUCAAAGUCAAGGUGGUUUAUGGUAGUGGCAAGAUCCGGGAUGGUGGAGUAUCUGAUCAGCGCAAGGAUGCGGAAAAUGGCGAUGUUAGCGAGCGCAUCUGGACAGGAGUGAUUCCUGUUUGGGAAGCGUUUGGAGAGCCUAUCUCCAGUGACCGAAAUAUGGUAGCUGAGAUUCCAGAGCAUAUCACCUCGUUUAUUGCAAGUAAGAAUGCCCAAAACAAAACUUACGCUGAGGGUGCUGUACAUAUUGCGUUGCCCCCGGAAGAACAACAUUGA